AUGGCCACCAUAGCGGCAUCCACCGCCGCUGCCGCGGGUCUGCUCUACUACGUCGACCAACGCAUUGGUAUUAGCCGGGACAUCAAACAAUACCGUCACGAACAAUCCUUUACGAAGCGUAUGCUCCAAUUCAUCGAUAAACUCGGUCCUCAAUCACCUCACCUAUAUCGCAUGCUGGAACUCUGUGAUCCAAAUGCUGAUGCAUUGUGGUUCGAGGGUCGCUCGUGGAACUUCAGAGCUCUCAAGGCUCAGGUGGACGAAAUCGCACUCGGAUUGAAGGGUCUGGGCGUUAAAGAUGGAGACAUUGUUGCUGUGUUUAUGACGAACUCGCCCGAGUUUGUCGUCACCGCCUACGCUCUAACAAGGCUGGGAGCAGCGCCUGCAUUAAUCAACAACGCCCUGAGAGACGAUACAUUGUUGCACUGUGUGCGGUUGCCGAACUCAAACCUGAUUCUCAGCACCCCGGAUUUGGCGGGUUAUGCGGCAUCGGCAGCGCAAUCGAUGGGUGGUGGAGAUGUCAAGACAGUGAGGUUGAAUCUGGGUUCUUUUCGACCUACGCCGCUCUCAAGUGAUAUUGGAAGUGUAAUUGACUUCCCCUUCCCAGAUUCGUCCAUAUCACCUGCCUCGUCAUUGCCACCAACACCACCCAAAACCCUCGGCUCAGUCGCCGCCCUGAUCUACACUUCCGGUACAACAGGCAAACCAAAGGCCUGCAGUAUCAAAAAUGGCCUCAUCUGUGCCGUCGCAUGCACUUCUUCCCCUGACGCCUCCAACCCGAAGAAAUACCUUCAUGGUCUCCGUGCAUACUCAUGCAUGCCCCUUUUCCAUGGCACUACAUUCUUCGCUGGGAUGUGUUAUUCCGUGGGACAGGGAGGUUGUUUCUGUUUUGCGAGGAAAUUCUCGGCCAGAGGGUUCUGGAAAGACGUGCACGAAUCGCGCGCCACGAGAAUCCUAUACGUUGGUGAACUGUGUCGCUUCCUACUGACCACCCCACCGGGGCAGUUUGAUAAGAAACACAACGUCAUCGUGGCCGCUGGCAACGGACUGCAAAAGGAUGUCUGGGUGGCCUUCCAAGACCGCUUCAAUGUCCCCGAGGUCCGCGAAUUCUACCGCUCAACUGAAGGACUCGUCAAGUUCGACAACGUACACCGUGCUGGGCAGCCUGGGGCAGGGAAAGUCGGGUACCUAGGCCCGUUGAGGAAGAAGAUCCUGGAAAAGGACCAGUUCAUCAUUAAAUUCGACUACGAUACCGAGUCACCGGUCCGCGAUCCAAACACUGGCUUCUGUAUUGUAUGUGCAAAGGGCGAGCCGGGCGAAGCCAUCGCACGGAUCCACAAUCUCUCGACGUACACUAACUACCACAACAAUGAUUCCGCGACGGAACAGAAAUUCCUCCGAGAUGUGUUCGAGAAGGGCGACCUGUGGCAGCGCAGCGGAGACCUGCUAGUGCAAGAAGGGGACAAUUGGGUGAAAUUCGUGGAUCGUAUAGGCGACACAUAUCGCUGGAUGGGGGAGAACGUGUCGGCAGGAGAAGUCAGGGCGUUCAUUUCCGAGUUGCCCGGAGUCAAGGACGCCGUUGUAGUGGGCAAGCGACUGGCCAAAUAUGACGGACAGGUCGGCACCGCGCUGAUUGUACUCGACCCAGAGACCAACAGCAGCAGCAGCGGUAGCGGGGAGCAGCGUUCCGGAUCGCUUGCCCGGGAAAAAGUGUUCAUGAGCCGCCUGUUCAGGGUGCUGAGAAGCAAAGGUGUCCCGCGGUACGCGGUGCCACGGCUGGUCAUGGUGCGCAACGAACUCGUCGACGUGGGCGACACGUUCAAGCACGCCAAGAUGGUCGUGAAGAACAUUGAUUGGGCAAAAACCGCCGACCACCAAGGCCAGAGGGCAAGGAAGUAUUAUCUCGACCUCGAAGAGGAGCGGUUCAAGGAGCUAGACGCGGAGAGUUGGAGGCGGAUUGACGACGGGUCGGCCAAGCUGUAG